AUGAUGAUCCACCUAUAUGUUGAUGACCUCCAUUGCAAGGUGACCCAACUUGCAGUUUUGUUGGAUCCAUUCCUGGCCCUGGUGUGCCACCUGAUGGUGAAAAGCCAGAUUGACAGGGAUUUCUCACAAACAUCUCAGUGGCCUCAGGGUGCAACGCUGCAAAGUCCUGUGCAGACAAUCUACUUUCGAUUGGAGAUUUUCGUCAUUUCAGUUAUAUUAUGCAUCGCUUCAUUUGGGUACGCUGGUUCUGCUAAUAUUUACAAUGUUUUGGAUUCUGGAGCUGUUGGCAAUGGCAUAUCUGAUGAUACUCAAGCUUUACUAAAAGCGUGGGCGACAGCGUGUGGUGAUGGUGGGCCCAAUCCCAGCGUACUAAUCCCAGCUGGGAAGACAUUUUUACUGAAACCCUUGGCCUUCAAUGGGCCUUGCAAGUCUAGUUCCAUCCGUUUUCAGGUUCUUGGGAAUCUGAUUGCUCCCAACACAAUUGAAGGAUGGGGUGGGGCCAUUAAGUGGUUGACCUUUCACGGUGUAAAUGGCCUCGAAAUCAACGGAUCUGGAAGAAUUGGUGGUCAGGGUGCCGUCUGGUGGGACCAGUCUUGCAAAAUACACCCUGAGAAGGCACUGCUAUUAGAUGCAUGCAAUGACGUUCAUGUUACUGGCAUAACGCUUUUCGACAACCCGAGGAAUCAUAUCUCCAUCAACAGUUGCAACAAUGUAUACAUCUCUUCAGUUACUAUAACGGCCCCUGCAGACAGCCCAAACACUGAUGGUAUAGACAUUGAACGCUCCCAAUAUGUGAAUAUUUGGCAAUCCACCAUAGGAACAGGAGAUGAUUGCAUUGCUAUUGGUAAUGGUGGCAAGAACGUUAAUAUCAGCUGGGUGACAUGUGGACCGGGUCAUGGUAUAAGCAUUGGAAGCUUAGGCAAAGACGACGAAUUUGCAGAGGUUGAAAAUGUCCAAGUGAUGCAUUGUACAUUCACAGGAACUUUAACUGGGGCCAGGAUCAAGACAUGGCAGGGAGGGUCUGGGUACGCUCGAGGGAUCCUAUUUGAUGAUAUGCAUAUCAACAACGUUGAGAAUCCAAUCAUCAUUGACCAAUACUAUUGUAAUGGUUAUCACAACUGCAACAAUCAAAGUUCAGCAGUUGAUAUAAGCAACGCGAAGUUCGUUGGAUUUCAAGGGACAUCAAGCCGGGAGGUGGCCAUCAAGCUAGAAUGUAGUAAGACGGUCGGCUGCACCGAUAUUGUUCUUGACAAUGUUCAACUUCAACCUGCCGUUCCAGGAAUGAAGCUAUCAUCUUAUUGCAUCAAUGCACAUGGGCCCCCUUGCACUUCUUGCGUGCCCCAAGGAAUUUUCAUAAUUUUUCUUAUUUUAAGCUCAGGUUGUUCCAUAAUGGCCCACUUAAAUGAUGACACUGGGACCCAAUUCAAUGUGAUGGACUACGGCGCGAUCGGCGAUGGCGAAACGGAUGAUUCCGAAGGAUGCAUCCCACAGGCACCAACGGUGCUCAGCUUCUUACAUUGCACCCACGUCCGUUUAAAAGAAUUGAGAUUUGUGGACGGCCCAAACACUCACAUCCUCGUUCAGAAUUCACGCAGGUUUAACAUUUCUGACAUUUACAUAAGUGCCCCUCAAGAUAGCCCUAACACAGAUGGUAUCCACGUCCAUGCCUCCCAUCAUGUUUACUUUGACCAGCUGGUUAUUGGAACUGGUGAUGAUUGCAUUUCUAUUGGAGAUCGGACGUCUGAUGUUAAGAUUAGCCGUAUUGGUUGUGGGCCCGGCCAUGGUAUAAGUAUUGGAAGCUUAGGGAAGGAUCCUACAUCUAAGGUAUCUGUGAAGAACAUUCAUGUGAGUUAUGCCAACUUCUAUGGAACUACCAAUGGAGCAAGGAUUAAAACAUGGCAGACGGAUGGCGUUAAAAUCAGUGAUGUGAGCUACAGGAAUGUAUAUGGAACUUCAACAACGGAUGUCGCCAUUAACUUCAUGUGCAGCGAGACUGUUGCAUGCACUGGUAUUAAUGUGGAGAAUGUACAGCUAAAAUCCGCCAUCGGUGAAAAGCAGACUUCGUCUUACUGUCUCAAUGCCUAUGGAAGUAGUAAUGGAAUCAUCAAACCACAUGUUCCGUGCCUCACACGUGAAUGA